CUGCUGAGAGCUGACCCAAGCUGCCAAUCCACCUUCAACAACCUGCACCAUCUGCAUUCCUCGAGCAUCAACGGCUUUCUUUUAGCCGCAAACAGCCCGAACGAACUGAUUAGCAAUAGUUCCACUACGCCGAAUUACGACAUUUUUCAAUUCGGGUCACUAUUUUAAACCCAGCGGCAGACUUCCGAUCUCCAAGACCUGCUUCGGACCCUCCCUCGAUUCUCGUCACCGUCGUCCGCAACCACGGUAAUCAUGGGCUCAGACCCGCAGUACGCAAAAUGGCCUCUGCUGCCGCUCGCCCAGCAUGUCUUUACUCUCACCAACCCAUAUGCCACCAAGACGGCCCAGCAGACAGCCGCCAAGCAGCUCCAGGAUGCCAUCUCCGAGCACAAGAUGGCUCCAUUCUACCGCUACCUAGCGCACCCGAUAGACGGCAUUCUCAAUGCGGUUGGCGAGGGUAGCUCACAUGUUCCGGGCAAGCUGCCUAGCAGGAAGAACAGCUUAGUCGGCAUGAUUGCGACCAGGAGCCCGACGGCCAGCAUAAAUCUUCCCUGGGAUGAGGCUCUGUAUGAGUCGUUGAAGGCGGACAACGACCGCGAGCUGGAAGAGUUCCAAAAAGAGGAGGACGAAGCUGUUGAGAAGGCCGGAGAUAUUGAGAUUCAGGCUGCCCGGGGCAAGAGGGCCGAGUUCUGGGCAAGAGUCGGCGACAAGGAGAAAGCCAUCGCAGCCUAUGAGGACGUCUUUGAGAAAACCGGUAUCCUCGGGAUCAAAAUCGACUUGGUCCUCGCCAUCAUUCGCAUGGGCCUCUUCUACGGCGACAAGCAUCUCGUCAAGAAGCAUGUUGAGCGAGCCAAGACGCUGGUCGAGACGGGCGGCGACUGGGAUCGGCGCAACCGGCUGAAAGCCUACGAGGGCCUGUCUCUGCUCACAACGCGCAGCUACAACCUCGCCGCCCCGCUCCUCCUUGACAGCCUGUCGACCUUCACCUCGUACGAGCUCUGUACCUACAGCAACCUGGUUAUUUACGCCGUGCUCGCGGGAUCCGUCUCACUCAAGCGCGUCGACUUCAAAUCCAAGGUCGUCGACGCCCCAGAGAUCAAGGCCAUCCUCGGCGACGGCGAGGACAAGCUCCUCGCGCUGACAGGCGCUAUUUCUGCCGGGCCGGGCGCCGACGACGAGAUGACCGACGCUAAUCCCAGCAGCGCAACUCCGUCGGCCAAGGUGGCGGUUGUCAAUCUCACCACGCUCGGCAGUUCCGCCGACCAGCCCGAGGCCGAGAUGGCCGUCGACUUUGGCCCGCUCGCGCAGCUAGUCAGCAGCCUGUACAACGGCCGGUACAAGCUUUUUUUCCAGGCGCUCGCGCUCGUCGAGGAGCAGUUCCUCAACCUGGAUCGGUACCUGCACGAGCACAAGGGUUGGUUCAUCCGCGAGAUGCGCCUGCGUGCGUACCAGCAGCUGCUGCAGAGCUACCGCGUGGUCGGGCUGGACAGCAUGGCGAAUGACUUUGGGGUGACGGUUGACUUCUUGGACCGUGACCUUGCCAAGUUCAUCGCCGCGGGCCGCAUCCCCUGCACCAUUGACCGGGUUGCGGGCCAAGGCGUCAUCGAGACAAACCGGCCCGACGACAAGAACAAGCAGUACCAAGACGUGGUGCGCCAGGGCGAUCAGCUGAUUACCAAACUGCAGAAGUACGGUCAGGCGGUGCGGCUGAGGGGGAGUGAGAGGGCGUAGAUAGUCUGUGUAUCGGCAGCAGCCCAACAGUGAUCAAAAUGUGGGCAUUUGUAUGAUACCUCGCAACUAGCAGAGAAGAGCAGAAAGAUGAUGGCUCUGCGUGUCGUCUCUUUCGGAAGCCAGACACGCAGCCUGGGCAAGAUGACAAGGGCCAACACCAGACUCAAUUGUGUAUACCGCUGAGUUGAAGGACCUGAAGGUUAUGUGAACGCAACGCUUCGCCCCUGCCAACUAUCUACACGACACACCGCUGUGACAUAGUCCUCGAUAUCAAAGCAUCGCUCAUCCCACUUUUGUGUCAGGUAUGCC